AUGGUUAUUUUCACACUCUCCGUGUUCUUCUUCUAUGUUGAAGAGGCGCAUGGAGUAUACAUCCGGGGCGUGGAAGUCCCUGUGGAGGCGCAGGCGGGGAAGGAUGUGUCCCUGAGGUGCUGGGUAAAUCCCUGGCCUGGACAGCUCUACUCCCUCGCCUGGUGGAAGGAUGGGGCUCAGUUCUACCGUAGUACCGCUACUACUUCCUCCGUCGCUCUGGUCUCCCUCUUCCCCCUCCCCGGCCUCACUCUCAAGGAAGGCAGCGGAGGACUGGGGCACGUGGUGCUUGAGCGGGUAAGGGUGGCAGCCACUGGGUCAUACACCUGUGAGGCCGUGGCAGACUUUCCUAGCUUCUCUCAGCACCUGGUACCUGCCAAUCUCACUAUCGUAGACCCGCCGGACACGGGGCCGCUGAUAGCCGGCUACAAGAUCAGGUACUACCCUGGCGAGGUGCUGGCAGCCAGCUGUACCAUACUGAGGGCUCAUCCGGUGCCAGCUGUGUCCUGGUUCAUCAACAGUCAUCAGGUUGAGGAGGGUCGGCAGGAGGUGGUCGAGGUAAACCCUGAGGUCGACCUCACCUUUACUACCACUUCAAAGCUCACACUUCGCCUCAAGCGUCACCACUUCAUCAACGACGUCAUCAACUUAACUUGCGGAGCGCAAGUUGGACAAAGGUUGUGGACCUCCACAACCAUAACCACCCAUCGUGCACGCCCACAUAAGCACACACGCCCACGAAAGCAUCACGACCUCCAUGCCACUAUGCCAAUACCACGUCAACGACGACCCCAGCAACAACGCCCAACGGAAAUUAACUUUGAAAAGGACGAAGCGGCAAUACAGCAACCAGCUGGAGAGGAUCUGUCACAUGUUGUAGGGACGGGGAGUGUCCAGUUCCAUUAUGGAUGGGUAGUUCUGGUCAGCACUCUUGUGUGCGCUGUGCUGUGGGCAUGACGUACUCACUGCUGCUGCAGAGGAUGGACGGUGGGUGGUAGUGAUGGUAACUAUUUCUGUGAGGGUAGUGUUGUGGGUCAGGCAGAGCACUGCAGACGCUGGGUAGUCUCUCUUUAGGGAAGAAUAAACAUCCAGUGAAGAAGUUUGCAUCUCAUACCCACACUGUGACAGGAAGAUAGAAAAAACACUCAAUACUUGUCAGUUAAACCUAUUGUAUCAUAUAAUUUAUUAAUCCUAUGCCUGUCCAGUAUAAUUCCCACCGUACUCAGUCCUCUCUAAAUAGGUUCUGUGUUGUUGCCGUUGUUCAGGUCCACUCGCACAAAUAACUGCACAAUACACAAUGGUGUCAUACGAUGGGCUGUUCAAUAGGAGAGAAUUCCAUGUUGUCAUAAAAUUUACAGUACUCAAAAUACCAUAAUAGAUUAGUUACAGAAGCGAGAUCUUCGAUACUAAUAUGAAAUAUAUUCUGCUAUCGUAGAAUGAGUUUGUACAGAAUUUAGGCAAAACUGCCCAUAGUAACAUAAAUCCACGCCACAUGGUUUAAUUAUUGAUAUCUAAGAUAAAUCAGCACGGGGAGGAGCUCCUCCUCCCACAUACACCUGGGUAUUAAGAGACUAUAAUGUGUCGUGACGUCGUGAUAGCUGUGUAGCAACAUUCCAAGAACGAGGGACCUCUAGAUUAUUCUGUGUAUAACAGUGCUAUUUGUUUUCAGUUUAUAAUGCUAUCCACUGGUCUGUUUAACCCCGUAUUAAUGUUACAAAAGUCGUCGUCUUAAACUUCUCCAAAGCAUGGUAGUUAAGGUAAUUUAUUCUCGUUUAACAGGUGGCCAGUUUACGGUUUUGUAACAAUAAAUUGUAAUAAUAAUUCGGGAUUGCGAAACAAAUAAAAAUUAAAAUCUUUACUAGCAAAGUUUAGUUGAAUAUACUUACAUAAUGUUAGGACAUUGUACAUCAAAUGAGGUGUCUAACACCUACACUUCUCUUGGUACAUUAUAUAUAUAUAACUUCAUUAACUAUUAAGAUCCAGUUCAACCAGCAUAUUAAUAUGGAUAAAACAACUUUAUAAGUUCUGACUUUGUACUAUUUUCACCAAUUAUAUCAACCACAAGGUAACCUACAAUGGUUACUAAGACUUAUUCAGUCAGCUGAGCCAUUAAUUCACCAGAGUUAUGCAAGAACUCGAAAGUGACAGACUUAAGUCUUAUUUUCAUCCAGCAUGAAUUAAUAAUGAUAAUAUAUUUAUUUUACUACCAGUACAUGUACAAGGUAUACAGACCAUAGCUGACAUCAAUGACAUACUACUAUAUAGAAAGUCCCUUGUUAUGCUGAGCAUUUCUCGCAAAUUAGGUCAGUUUUGUCCCAGGAUGCGACCCACACCAGUCCACUAACACCCAGGUACGCACUUUACUGAUGGGGAAAAUAGACAACAGGUGUAAAGAAACACGCCCAGUGUUUCUACUCUGGCUGGGAAUCGAACCCAAGCCCUCGCCGUGUGAAGAGAAAGCGUUAGCCACCAGAGCUUUGACUGCACGAGUCGUGAUGCACAGUGACCAGAUAUGUUAGUUCGGUGACGUCUUGUCAAUUCAGUUGCUAUACAAAUUCCUUGCAGGUUUUGGAGUGAUAUAUAAGACCCUGGAUAGCACAUUUAGUAUCUCUACAAAUUAUAUUAUUGCCAACCGUCAGUGUGUUAACAUAAGCCCUGAUAAAUCCCAUACAGUUCAGCUAUAAAGAUAGUUAAGGCCUCUGGGUAGCUUCCAUCCCCAAUGGAAAUAAGUCACUCUGACUUUUUUGUGUUAUCUCAGGUUCUCUACACAUGCUGCUAUGUAUGAUAAUUCUAUGUAACUGUAUUUGUGUAUACCUGAAUAAACUUACUUAUUCCCGUUAUGAGAUGGCAGCCAGGAAGCCACAGUGCGGACGUCACAGAAGCUGUGUUGUUGUCAAGAAUUCGUGUUUCGUAUGUGUGUAUUUCUGUCGUAUCUGGGAAAAGAUUAUGUAUUGUAAUGUAAUAGCAGAAAUUAUUGUUUCAUUUGGUGUUUAUUUGGGAUUAUUAUGACAUUUACGAGGAAGAGUCUAAACCCGUAAGGGUCAUAUAGAUCCUGGUAGAAUGAAAGGCAUUUAGGCUCGAUUCAAGAAGUUGGAACACAGGUCCAUUAUUGACUCCCAUUUCUCCAGAAGCUGUUUGACCCUGUGGGUUUAACGCUCCCCCCGUCCGUGAAUGCAAUGAUAAUAGUAAUAAUAUUGUUAAUAAUACUUUAUAUAUUAAAAUAUUUUUUGGGUGGUGAUGCACAACUGAAAAUCAACAUUUAUGACCCUUGUACCUUGAAAAACAAAACUUGGUAGAAGAAUAAAUGUAAAUUGUUGUUCAGUAAUGUUUACUGGUUGAAUUAUCAUAUUUAAAUUACUUUCAGCUAUGUUUAAUUUAUCCAUACAUUCCAUAAUUAUUUUGAGAAACAAACUGACACUGAAUGAUUUAAUUUUUUUUUUUUUUUGAGGAAUUGUACGGAUAGACAUCCUAGGUUAAGUCAUCAUAAACUGCCACUUGUGUAUAUCCAUUAUGAUAAUCUAUGUCGA